AUGUUAUUCCCUCACGGUGGCAACGGCGGCUCCUCGUCCGCCGCCGCCAGCCCCCAGCAACUCGCAGAUGCGCUCCAAGAUCUGGCCAAGAAGCGAUCCACCCCAACCACAGCAAUUAGCAACCUGCUAUCGCCAUGUUUCUACCACCAGCGGUUUGACGAUGCUGUAGACAUUGACAAGGUCCUCGAGGAGAUCAAGAACGAUGAGUCCAUGUCACAUUCGCGCUUGGUCCAAACUGCGACGAGCGUGCGCGAAGUCUCCAAGCAGCUUCAGCGACGCCCCAUCAAGCAAGCCGUGCGCAACGUCAUGAUUGUUACCAAGGCCCGCGAUAACCAACUUGUCUACCUCACACGGGAGCUGGCAACAUGGCUCUUGCAAACCCCUCGGUAUGGAUCUGAUGUCGGAGUUAACGUCUACGUCGAUGCCAAGCUACGCAACUCGAAACGCUUUAAUGCGGCAAGCAUCGUCGCUGGAGAUGCGCGAUUUGAAAACAUGCUCAGAUAUUGGACCCCAGAUUUGUGCUGGAGCCAGCCUGAGAAGUUCGACCUUGUCCUUACCCUCGGAGGCGACGGUACUGUCCUCUUCACCUCAUGGCUCUUCCAGCGUGUGGUGCCCCCUGUCCUCUCAUUCAGCCUGGGCAGUCUUGGCUUCAUGACCACUUUUGAGUUUGAACACUAUAAAAAGCACCUGAACCGAGUCAUGGGCGAUGAUGGUAUGAAGAUUAAUCUGCGCAUGCGUUUCACCUGCACUGUUUAUAGACAGGGAUCCAACGGUAGCCCCAUGGACGAAGGAGAGCAGUUCGAGGUCCUCAAUGAGCUUGUCAUUGACCGUGGCCCAUCUCCUUACGUCUCGAACCUUGAACUCUACGGAGAUGACGAGCUCCUGACUGUGGUCCAAGCUGAUGGCUGCAUUUUCUCUACACCUACCGGCUCGACAGCCUACUCUCUUUCUGCUGGAGGCUCUCUCGUCCACCCUGACAUCCCCGCCAUUCUCCUGACUCCCAUCUGCCCUCACACUCUCUCCUUCCGACCAAUGGUCCUCUCCGACACCAUGGCACUCCGCAUUGCCGUGCCACGCAACUCUCGAGCCACUGCCUACUGUGCUUUCGACGGCAAGGGCCGUGUCGAGCUCAAGCAGGGCGACCACGUUACCAUCACUGCCUCGCAAUAUCCCUUCCCUACCGUCACUCGAACUGACACUGAGUGGUUCGACAGCGUCAGUCGCACUCUGCGAUGGAACGUCCGCGCUGCAGCUCAGAAGCCUUUUGAUGCGUCUGGCAUCUCCCCCUCUGGCGAAGCGGAAGACGAUGACAGCUGGGAUAUUGACACCGACAGCGCUUAUUAUGCUAGCGAAGAGGGCAGCACUGCAGCCAGCCCUAUCAGGAGGCAGAUGAGCAUGCUGGGCAUGUGA